UCUAUUAUCUCUUGGAGAACAUGCACAUGAAAUUGAACGGCAUAGAAAUUGAAAUUACCUAUACUUAUUAUUAUCAUAUGACACUGCAGUCUACUUCUAUUAUUUGAGAAGGCUCCUAUUUAUGAACAUAGGACUUAGGGAAACUGCAUUAAUGGCAAGAAGAAUCCAAACAGCACCAUAUAUAGUUGCCAUUCUGCUGAUUACCAUUCCUGACUCGUGUUAUUCCUCUGUUGUUCCACCGUUUCUUCUCAGCUUUAUUUUCAAAAAUAGAAACUUCCCUCCUCCUUAGAUUUCUUUUUGAGUGAAUAGACAAAGAUGGAGACAAGCUCAGUUUCCAAGUUCCUCAUAGUUUAUACCAUUUCCUUGCUAAUAGUAGCUCAGUUGAUUUGUUGCAGUGUCACUUAUGAUAAAAAGGCCAUUAUCAUUAAUGGCCAAAGAAGAAUUCUUCUUUCUGGCUCCAUACAUUAUCCCAGAAGCACCCCUGAGAUGUGGGAAGAUCUCAUAAACAAGGCUAAAGAUGCAAACUUGGAUGUCAUUGAAACUUAUGUUUUUUGGAACAUCCAUGAACCUUCCCCAGGCAAUUAUGAUUUUGAGGGGAGAUAUGAUCUUGUAAGGUUUAUAAAGACUGUGCAAAAAGCUGGGCUUUAUGCACAUUUGCGCAUUGGACCUUAUGUUUGUGCUGAGUGGAAUUUUGGAGGAUUUCCUGUAUGGUUGAAAUAUGUUCCUGGUAUCAGCUUCAGAACGGAUAAUGAACCUUUCAAGGCGGCGAUGCAAACAUUCACCCAAAAAAUAGUUGAGAUGAUGAAGAGUGAAAGACUGUUUGAAUCCCAAGGAGGUCCCAUUAUACUGUCUCAGAUUGAAAAUGAAUAUGAACCAGCAAGGAAGGCGCUUGGAACGGCUGGUGAAGCAUAUGUCCAAUGGGCUGCAAAAAUGGCUGUUGGAUUAGAUACUGGAGUUCCCUGGGUUAUGUGCAAAGAGGAUGAUGCCCCUGAUCCUAUCAUAAAUACAUGCAAUGGUUUUUACUGUGAUGAAUUUUCUCCCAACAAACCCUACAAGCCAACUAUGUGGACUGAAGCUUGGAGUGGCUGGUUCACUGAAUUUGGUGGCACUAUACCUAUGAGGCCAGUUCAAGAUUUGGCAUUUGCGGUUGCGCGUUUCAUACAAAAAGGUGGCUCCUUUGUGAAUUAUUACAUGUUCCAUGGGGGAACCAACUUUGGGCGAACAGCGGGAGGGCCUUUUAUAACAACAAGCUAUGAUUAUGAUGCUCCAAUUGAUGAAUAUGGUUUGAUCAGGGAGCCUAAAUAUAGCCAUCUAAAGGAGUUCCACAAGGCAAUUAAACUAUGUGAGCGAGCUUUAGUAUCUUCAGAUCCCACUGUUAUUUCACUAGGAAGCUCUCAGGAGGCUCAUGUAUUCUCGUCAGGCAAAAGAAACUGUGCAGCGUUUCUUGCAAACUACGACAGCAGUUCCGCUGCUAGAGUAGUUUUUAAAAACAAGCACUUUAAUCUACCUCCUUGGUCCAUCAGUAUUCUUCCAGAUUGCAAGCAUGUUGCCUUCAAUACAGCAAAUGUUGGGACGCGAACUUCACAAGUGAAAAUGAUACCAACUGGCUCUCAGCUGCACUCUUGGGGGGCUUAUAGUGAAGAUGUAUUUUCUCUAGAGGACGGUUCAACAUUUGCAGCUAAUGGACUUUUAGAGCAGAUAAACAUCACCAGAGAUAACAGUGAUUACUUGUGGUACAUAACAAGUGUUGAUAUUAGUCCCUCAGAAUCAUUUCUGCGAGGUGGACAGAAACCGAGUCUCAGCGUCCACUCAAGUGGGCAUGCAGUUCAUGUCUUUGUUAAUGGUAAACUUUCAGGAUCUUCUUAUGGUACUCGGAGGGAUACAAAGUUCACUUUCACAGGACCAGUUGAUCUGCAGGCCGGAACCAAUAGAAUUGAGCUACUGAGCAUUGCUGUAGGCCUGCCGAAUAUUGGAAUGCAUUACGAGGAAUGGAACACAGGAAUACUCGGGCCAGUUGUUCUUCAAGGUCUCAACCAGGGCCAUAAAGAUUUAUCAUCGCAGAAAUGGACAUACAAAGUCGGAUUGAAAGGAGAAGCAAUGAACUUGAUCUCUCAUCAUGGAGUGUCUUCAGUUGAUUGGAUUGGCGGUGCACUAGCUACCCAAGGACAGCAACCUCUUAAAUGGUACAAGGCUUAUUUCGACGCACCAGAGGGAAAUGACCCUGUGGCCUUAGACAUGAGAAGCAUGGGUAAGGGACAAGUUUGGAUCAAUGGACAAAGCAUAGGUAGAUAUUGGACAGCAACUGCUAAUGGCAAUUGUGAUGCUUUCCACUAUGCUGGAACUUACAGACAAACUAAAUGUCAACUUGGUUGUGGACAACCAACUCAGAAAUGGUACCAUGUCCCAAGGUCUUGGUUGAAACCAACACAAAAUUUGGUCGUCAUGUUCGAGGAACUAGGUGGUGAUGUAUCAAAGAUAUUCUUAGUGAAAAGGACAACUUCAUGAGUUCAGUUAGUUUAGGAAAUGUCUCCAGUAGGAAGAAAUUCUGUAGGUUUUUGAUCAUUAGGGAUAAAUCCAUGCAAUAGAGUCACAUUUCUUGGAAAA